GGAUGGCCGUCUGUUGGUGGUUUAAUUGAUUUCACGUGAUUUUUUUUCCGCUUAAAGAUGCAUAAGUUACAAAUAAAUAGUUUCCUGAGGUUGGCAGAUUCUGGAAUUUGACACUGUAUUUAAGUGCCUUAAAAAGUGAUUUAGCUUUAAAUAGUAGUAUAGUUGGAUGUAAUGGAACGUUUAUUGUGUGGUGCGAGUGAUGCAGUGCCGUGUAGAGGCCCAUCGGUGAAAAUAAUGUGUUAAGUGUUCAUAAAUUCCUCCACAUAGAAUGAGAUAGAUUGACAAUUGACACUUCAAAAUCUGUCAGUUCUUGCAGCAGAUCCCAUUUGUUUUACAAGAAUCAAAGUUGUAAAAAUCAAGCAGCUGCGACAGAACAGCAUCAGGGCCUCUGCGUCAAUGAGUACUUUCGUAUGAAUGGGUGUUUUCCGAGUGCACACUAAUGUGCGGGGCGCCAUGUGAAUCACUAGUGUGUGGCAGGGCCCAGCAUGGGCCAACAGCCUCGGCCCCAACUAAACAUGAAUCCCAGCGCGCCAGCCCGCUCGCCGGGCUACCACCAAAAGGCCAUGGAGGAGAUCCAGAACUCGCUGCGGCCAUUCGCCAAGAGCGGCAGCGAGGCCGUGGGCUCCAGUGCGGCCAGCACCAUUUCGAAUUUCUCCGCAACGAGCGGCGUCAGCUCGCUGAGCUCGACAUCUGGCACUAACGGUACUGAUAAGGAAGUCCUCCAGCUGAGGCACACGCUCUCACAACUCGUCACCAUGGGCUACUCCGAAGAAGUCUCGUUGCGGGCCCUGCAGCUCUCCAACUCGCGCCUAGAUGGAGCUCUAGAUUAUCUCAUGAAGCAACAGAUCGAUCCGGGGAACAAAUGUGGAUACACGAAACUCAUACGUAAACCGAGCAUAGAGCGAGAACUGGUCUUGACGAGGGGAAGUCCGGCCCUGGACAGCGGGGCGGGAAGUUCCCGAUCAGACAGUCCGAGGAUGACGGAAAUCCACUCCAGUGUCAGUCGAUAUUCGCCGAAUUUCAGCGAGCCGCCGCCGCCUCCACCGCCGAGGAAUACGCCGCCACCACCACCGCCACCGCACGUGCCUUCAUCGUAUCCCGCAUUAAACAACGUGCAGCAGCUGUUGAAGAGGAUGUCGCCCGCGCCGAUUGUUCCGGCGAGGGCACCUCCAGCAGUGCCCUCGUACAACUCUCAAGGUCUUCAGCAGAGAGGUACUAGUCCAGUGAGUAGUGUAUCAUCUUCAUCGGGAAGACAGCCAAUGGUGGUGCAAAACGGGCCACAGGUUCAGCAACAGCUAUCUCAGCAAAUCCAAGCUCUUAGUUUGUACCAGAGUAGCAGUGCAUCAACGGCCGAACCACCACCUCCAUACCCUCUCAUCCCCCCGAGUCCUUCCAACGCUCCGCCACCUCCUCCUUCCUAUUCCGCUUCCAUCCAAAACCGCCACAGUCCCACCCAAGACUUCCGAAAGAGUCCUUCAUCUGGUAUUUAUUCAGGUUCUACAUCAGCCGGUUCACCUAGUCCCAUCCCCGUAUCAACCACCACGCCCACCGCCAUGGCCAGACCCACUCCUCUCCUAGCGUGGGGCGCCCGACAAGCCAAAACUCAACCACCCAUCAUCAUGCAAUCCGUCAAGAGCACCCAAGUCCAGAAACCCGUACUACAAACCGCCGUCGCUCCCACCUCGCCACAAAUUCCCACGUCUCCCACCAGCACCACCCCGUUGGUCACGUGCGCGCCGCCUCCAUCGUAUACGGCCUCCAUACAGCAGAAGGGCUACACCACCAGCCCCAAGCCGGCGGCGCCGCUUCCGGCCGGCGUGACGACAACGCCCGCCAACACCGCCACGCCUGUGGUGGUGCCGACGACGGAGCCGCCGAGUUACGCGAGUACCAUGCAAGCGAAAGCGAAGGCUCAGCGGGGAAUGGGUCUGGCGCCGCAUCCGCCUCCUCCAUAUUCCGACGAAGGCCACGCGCAAGUCAACACGGUGGAGUGCGCGAUGUCUCCGAGGGCUUCGCCGAACGUCCAUCCUCCUCUCCAGAGGAAGUAUUCGCCGGUCGUGUCGACGGAAUGUGUGGUAUCGAGGUCGGAUAGUCCGCAGUCGACGUCGUCGGGAGAUAGCAGGCCGUCGUAUCCAGAUAAUGGGGCACCGCCGUUGCCGCCUACAGCAUCAUCAUCCGUCAAAAACAAUCAUAACGCAGUGAAUGGAAACGGCGAGAGCAAAAACAAUGACAUCCCACCGCAAUUACCUCCAUACACAAAAAUCAAACAUCAAUCUCCUAUACCGGAACGUAAAAAGAUAAGUAAAGAGAAAGAAGACGAAAGGCGAGACGGUAAAGUAAAGAAUUACUCGCCUCAGGCGUUCAAAUUUUUCAUGGAACAGCACAUCGAGAACGUCAUCAAAUCGUACAAGCAGAGAAUGUCGCGAAGAAUUCAACUCGAAAACGAAAUGACGAAAAUCGGUCUCAGCUCGGAAGCACAGAAGCAAAUGCGCAAGAUGCUUUCUCAGAAAGAAUCAAAUUACAUAAGACUCAAACGAGCCAAAAUGGACAAAAGUAUGUUUGUGAAGAUAAAGCCGAUAGGUGUGGGCGCGUUCGGCGAAGUUACUUUGGUGAGAAAGAUAGAUACGAAACAUUUGUAUGCGAUGAAGACGUUGAGGAAAGCUGAUGUGUUAAAGAGGAAUCAAGUGGCCCACGUGAAGGCAGAACGAGAUAUUCUUGCUGAAGCUGACAAUGAGUGGGUUGUUAAGUUGUAUUAUUCGUUUCAAGACAGUGAUAUACUUUAUUUCGUUAUGGAUUACAUACCAGGUGGUGAUCUUAUGUCGCUUCUAAUCAAGUUAGGGAUCUUUGAAGAGCAUUUAGCGAGAUUUUACAUUGCCGAACUUACUUGUGCCGUUGAAAGCGUUCACAAGAUGGGUUUCAUCCAUCGUGACAUCAAGCCUGACAAUAUUUUAAUUGAUAAGGAAGGUCACAUCAAGUUGACAGAUUUUGGUUUAUGUACAGGAUUUAGAUGGACUCAUAAUUCAAAAUAUUACCAACCGAAUGGCGACCACAACAGACAGGAUUCUAUGGAUCCUAUUGAAGAUUGGGGUGAAGAGUGUAAGUGCAUGAAACCGUUGGAAAGGAGAAGACGCAGAGAACAUAGAUGUUUGGCACAUUCGCUGGUAGGCACGCCGAAUUACAUAGCACCUGAAGUGUUGCAACGUAUAGGAUACACGCACGUCUGUGAUUGGUGGAGUGUCGGAGUUAUCCUGUAUGAAAUGUUGGUGGGGCAACCUCCGUUCCUCGCAAAUACUCCCGCAGAGACACAACACAAGGUGAUCAACUGGGAGACGACAUUGCAGAUACCAAAGCAAGCAAACCUUUCGAAGGAAAGCACUGACUUGAUAUUAAAACUGUGUUGUAGUGCGGACAAACGGUUAGGUAAAAAUGCUAGUGAAGUGAAAUCACAUCCGUUCUUCAAAGACAUAGACUUUGAAAAAGGUUUACGUCGUCAGCCUGCCCCGCAUAUACCUCGCAUAGAAUAUCCAACAGAUACGUCAAAUUUCGACCCGAUCGAUCCGGACAAAUUGAGAAAUUCGGCAUCGAUCGAUUCUGGUACUUCUGACGAACUGACAGACAGUUCGAAGCCGUUCCACGGCUUUUUCGAAUUCACGUUCAGGAGAUUUUUCGACGACGGAGGUGGUCCUGCCUUCAAUAAAAUCAACUUAGACGAUAAUGACAAUCAAGGGUCCGUGUAUGUGUGAAGUUUAUACAUAAUUUUCUUGGAAAUGUUCGGAGGUGGACCCUCUGAACAUGGAGUAUCGCAGAUUUUUGCUCUUGCCAAUCGGAAUUUGUAUGCAAGAUUUUAAGCAAGAAAUUUGCGUUUUAUGUUUUGCUCUCACGUUGUAUCUGGUUAGUUUAAAUAAGGACUGUCUAGAGGCCUUAUUUAUCGAUGGUUUAGUGCCGGUUUCGGUACGUCAUGUUUUUGUGGAAAAUGUGACAUAACGAAAGCGACGCUUGUUUGCAACCAAAGCCUUCAAAUAGCUGCCUUGUUCUAAAUGGAGAAUGCCUUAUAUGCUCAAAUUGUUCAAUGUUUGGUGAGAACCGAAAGGAAUUGAUAGUACAAUUGAAGAUUCAUUUAUUUGAAUAAAAACGUGUAUAGCAUAUAAAUUAUUAAAAAUUAAAAAGAUGGUGCUAAUUUUUAUUCGUACGUUAAAUGUGAUAUCUACUGAAUGUCUGUAAAAUUAUUUCAAACAUGUUGGAAUGUUUGUUACAAACUGCAUUUAUAGUUUAUAAAAUAUUCAUAUAAUGUAUGUAUCUGACAUUGUUCGCACUCCAUGGGGUGAUCCCAGUGUUCGCUUAUAGUUUGAAGGUAAAAAAGAGCCUUGCAAACAAUUUCUCUGUGUUGUGUUUUUGAAAUAUUUUUAUGGAUAGUCAGUUGUAUGCAACAAUAAAUUAUUAAUGCAAUUUGUAUAUUAUGUACAAUACUCUAGGAAUUUGUAAAUAUAAUUAUAACAACGAAGUGUAAGGAUUAUUGCACUUGUAAUUGGUCUAAAGAUACUAACUUCCAGUUGCGGGAUUAUUGACAAGUAGAGUGUUAGAUGGCAAUGUGAAGCACUUGAGGAGAGCAAGGAAAUUAACAAGCACUGCCUUUUUACUAAAAAGAAUGCGUUAUAAAAUAAUCUUGCAGUAAAUCAAAAUAGUUUUGUAAGAGCAUUAUGUUUAAUUUGUUUCUCAAGAAAAAAAAAGCUGUGUUACAAUUAGUUUUAACGAUACGCUCAUAACUUAAUGCUUAGGUAAAUAUUUAUUACAUUUUCCCUCAUUCUAAAAUUAAUUUGUAACACCCUCCUAGCUUAAGUAUGGAUUAAUUUAGUAUAUAAUUUUUCUAGUCUAUUGGAAUUUUUUUAUCGUUUUAAAUAUAUUAUUGAUUUAAAUGUUGUUUAUAGGUCAUAACGUUGUUCCUUAAUUACACAAGCAAAUAGCAAAAAUCGUAUGCACUUAGGAAAUUAUAAUGUGAGUGCCUACAUAGUGUAAAUGUGUGUAAAUAAUUAUAUAUUUUUGGAAACA